AUGUGCAAGAGGUCCUUCUACCACUUUACUACUAGUGGCUCUCCUAAUACCACGGCAAAGUUUAAUAUAUAUAGUAACCAGGCUCACCGCGCCACUCCCCACUCGCAGCCCCGUGCCUCGCUCCUCUCCGACAUCAGCCCUACAGAGACGGAACGGUGCAUCGAGUCUCUAAUUGCUGUUUUCCAAAAGCAUGCUGGAAGGGACAGUAACAACAGCAAACUCUCCAAGGCCAAGUUCCUUAUCUUCAUGAAUACAGAGCUGGGUGCCUUCACAAAGAACCAGAAGUACCCUGGUGUCCUUGACCGCAUGAUGAAGAAACUGGACCUCAACUCUGAUGGGCAGCUAGAUUUCCAAGAAUUUCUUAAUCUUAUUGGUGGCCUGGCCAUAGCUUGCCAUGACUCGUUUAUUAAGUCUACCUCUUCCCAGAAGUAA